GAACUCACUCUAGCACCUACUCUCUCUUGCUUACUUCAAGUGUAGGUGUAGCGAAUCUGAAACAAAUUUUGGUCUACAAAUCGGACGGUGGUGAUUAAGGGUGGGAAAUCAUGAGCUGCAACGGGUGCAGAGUUCUACGAAAGGGGUGCAGUGAGACAUGCAUAUUGAGAUCAUGCUUGCGGUGGAUGGACUCACCGGAAGCCCAAGGCAACGCCACCUUGUUUCUCGCUAAGUUUUUUGGCCGCAGCGAUCUAUUAUCCUUCAUCGCAGCCGUUCCUGAAACUCAGAGACCUGCUUUGUUUCAGUCUUUAUUGUUUGAAGCGUGUGGGAGAACAGUCAAUCCGGUGGACGGAGCGGUAGGUUUACUGUCAAGUGGUAACUGGAACUUGUGCCAGGCGGCGGUGGAGACGGUGCUAGCUGGAGGAACUCUGAGACCGAUAUCGAGACAUGUUGGAGUUUUGAAGCCAAACAGUGAUAAAUCUUCGGGGAGUUAUUACGUCGAUGGCUUCACAGUGAAGAGCCUCCACGCCCAAUCCAGGCCGUUGAUUAUGAAUAAUGGAAGGGAUCAGAACCGGAGGACUGAUCUUGAUCUGUCUCUGACACCAAAAUUUGAUAGCAGCGGGGCGAAACGCGGCAGAGGAGGGGGUUGGCAGAGAGCAGAUGCGGUGUCGUUUUACUCCGAAGAAUCAGAGAUGACGAGUCUUCAGAGUGAGGUAACAGGAAAAGAAGAGAGGAAGCUACUGAAUCUGUUUGUUUGAAUUAUACUAAUAGAAAUGAUCAGACUGCAAGAGAGAAUAAGAAACGACGGCUUUUGUAGAAGUAUCAAGAGGAAAUUAAAUAAGAUAAUAAAACGAAAAACCUUGUAGUUUUGGUCGGUCACUCCGGCGAAUGAAUGAAUUCUCCGGCGAGUUAUGUUUCUGAAGUUAACGUGUACUGGGUAUUUGGUGAUAAAAAGUUAAGUUGUCGGUUUGUUUGCGAGAAGCGUUGUCAGCUUCCCUGGAUUCUGUCCUGACCGAACAGUUCUAAUGGAGUAUUUUAGAAGCAUCUGAUAAUAAAACGGACGUUCUCCAUUGCUCGACA